AAGAAGGGUAGCAGUCGCUUGUGAAAAAAGAGGUAGGAGUAUCUUCAUCUUCUUGUUACUUUUUCGACGGGGGAUUAUUGAUUGAUAUAAUCUUUGAUUAUAUAAGAUGAAGUUCUUGAUGGAGAUUUGUAAGUUGGUGGAUGGGUUGAAGCCAGUGUUGGUAAUGGCGUUGGUUCAAGUGGCAUAUGCUGGUGCUAAUGUGCUCUACAAAUUAGCAGUCAGUGAUGGAAUGAGCUUGAGGAUCAUUGUUGCCUACAGAUACAUUUUUGCCACAGCUUUCAUGAUUCCUCUUGCUCUCUACUUUGAGAAAGAUAAUAGGCCUAAACUGACGUGGACAGUACUCUUUCAAGCAUUUCUUUGCGGGUUAUUUGGGGGAUCAUUUUCUCAAAAUUUGUACGUUGAAAGUUUAGCCUUGACGUCUUGCACAUUUGCCACUGCCAUGUUUAAUCUUGUACCAGCUGUUACCUUCAUCUUAGCCAUCUCUUUUGGGUUGGAGAAAGUGGGACUAAAAACUCUAGCAGGAAAGGCAAAAGUGUUAGGGACAGUAAUGGGGAUUGGAGGAGCCAUGCUGCUUACCUUCUACAGAGGACCAGAAAUUAACGUCUGGAAAACACACAUUAAUCUUCUGAAACGUUAUCAGUCCCAUGAAAGCCACUUGGGUUCAUCAUCUCAUGGCAAUCGUGCCUUGGGUAGUUUAUUAUCUUUGGGCAACUGCUUCUCUUAUGCCUCAUGGUUAAUCAUUCAGGCUACGAUGAGUGCAAGAUAUCCAUAUCCCUACUCAAGCACAGCUUUGAUGUCAUUGAUGGCAUCAAUCCAAGCUACUAUUUAUGCCAUUUGCAUGGAGAAAAAUUGGAGUGCAUGGAAGUUAGGUUGGAAUAUAAGAUUGCUCACAGCAGCAUAUGCGGGAAUGGUUGUCGCUGGCUUGAUGAUUACUCUUGUAAUAUGGUGUGUACGUAAGAGGGGUCCACUAUUUGUGUCCAUUUUUAACCCUCUAAUGCUCGUAUGUACUGCCUUCGCUGGUUCUCUACUCCUUAAUGAAAGUCUACAUGUCGGGAGCAUAUUAGGAGCAGCAUUGAUAGUGUUUGGUUUAUAUGCGGUAUUGUGGGGCAAGAACAUGGAGAUGAAGAAAAUGCCUAAACUUGUUCCAUUGAGAACCUUCCAAGAAGCAGAAAAAUCAGAAAAGAUUGAGGUGGUUGUUUCUUCUCAGGAAUAUGAUAAUGGCAACAGUGACUCCAAAGUUGAAAAUUGCAAUAAGGCAUGAAGGGUGAUGAUUUAUUAGAAAAAGGAGCAAAAUAAAAUGUUAAAAAAGAAGG